CGGAGUGCGCGGCCGGGAUGCGGUGCGGGAAGAUGGCGGCGGCGGCGCCCUCCGCGCCUGCAGCCGGGGCGGCGGGCGGCUGGGGCGGCGUGCGGCGGCGCUGCCAGCGGCUGCUCUACUGGGUGCCCGUGCUCUUCAUAUCCAGCAUCCUCUGCUGGUCCUACUACGCCUAUGUCACCCAGCUCUGCCUGCUAACAAUGACAAUCAUUGGAGAAAAAGUUGUGUGCCUGGUCGCUUACCACAUAUUUUUCAUGCUGUUCGUCUGGUCAUAUUGGAAAACAAUCUUUACUCUGCCAAUGAAUCCUUCAAAAGAAUUUCAUCUGUCAUACUCAGACAAAGAAUCCCUAGAAAGGGAGCCAAGAGGUGAAUCCCAGCAGGAAGUCUUACGACGAGCAGCCAAGGAUCUUCCCAUCUAUACACGGACAAUGUCUGGAGCAAUCAGAUACUGUGACAGAUGCCAUCUCGUAAAACCAGAUCGUUGCCAUCACUGUUCUGUGUGUGACAAAUGCAUUCUGAAAAUGGAUCAUCAUUGUCCUUGGGUGAACAACUGUGUCGGAUUCUCCAAUUACAAAUUUUUUCUUCUCUUCUUGGCUUACUCUCUACUGUAUUGCCUUUUCAUCGCUGCGACAGAUUUACAGUAUUUUAUCAAGUUUUGGACAAAUGGCCUUCCUGAUACUCAAGCCAAGUUCCACAUCAUGUUUUUAUUCUUUGCUGCUGCUAUGUUUUCUGUCAGUCUGUCUUCUCUCUUUGGGUACCACUGCUGGCUUGUCAGCAAGAAUAAGUCAACUUUAGAGGUAUUCAGAGCACCCAUAUUUCAUCACAGAACAGACAAGAACGGUUUUAGCUUGGGCUUCAGCAAAAACCUAAGGCAGGUGUUUGGUGAUGAGAAGAAGUACUGGCUGUUGCCUGUGUUUUCAAGUCUAGGGGAUGGUUGCUCCUUUCCAACUUGCCUUGUUAAUCAAGAUCCCGAGCAAGCCUCCACACCUGGUGGUCUCAAUUCAACAUGCAAAAACGAGAGCCACCUGUUCCCUGCAAAGCCGCUACGCGACUCCCAGAGCCACCUCCUUACCGACACACAUUCCUGGUCGGACAUUGGUGCAAAGGCUGAAAAGGGCAAAGUUGGUAUGAGCAAUCCUGCAUUAACUAUGGAGAAUGAAACCUAGCUUCCCUAAAAAGAAACAUCUGAAUGUUUUAGGAAAGUUCAAGAAAAAGCUGUUGUUGGAAGGAAGAUGGAUUCUUCCAAAAUCAGCCCUAUUGGCCAGCUGCUCCUGUCUGCUCCUAUGUGGAUGUGCUCAGAAAACAAACUGACAGAUGAUUAGCUGUCUCCAUGUCACUGCUUGAAACAUGAAACAAAACAUGCUAUUUUGAAUCACGUAAAGAAUGUUUCAACUUAAAUUUACUAGUUUUGAAUGGUGAAGAGCGAUUCUGAGUACUGCGGGGGGUGGGGGGUUGGGGGGGUGGGGGGGCAGAAUAGUCUGAGUUUACUAUUGUAAAAAUUCUGUGGCUGGUUUUACUUCAAUAUUCAGCACAAAAAAAAAUGUGACCUCCUUAUGUACCAGCCUAGGUUCUUGCCCUGGUUUUCAAAGUUCAGCUGUUAAUUCAAAUCACUGUAAGUAUUUGACUGACUUAAAAAAUCAAAUGUUUGCACUGCUGGCUUGAUAAAGUGGGAGAAUGAUCAGUACUGAUUAUGGACACUUUAGUUGCUUGGUGGACUGCAUUUUCUUUUGAGCGCUUGAUAUACUGUUUUUUGAAGAUAAAGCAACCCAAGUGAAGUGUCAGACUGUUCCUGGAACUGUUUUGUAAAACGUUAUUGCAAAGGCUCCCUUUUAAAUAACUUGAAAAGUUGUGGAGGGGGAAAAAAUCUCCUUUGAUAAUUGAAUACUAGUGAGUCUCUGGUAAGUGAGUGAUUAAAAAGCCCACAUUCAGAAGGAUAAUAUAUAAGUGAAACUGCUACACUGGGGAUUUUUAUGAAAGCUGCACAGGACAAUCCUAUGAAAUGGGGAUUUUAAUCUCCCAUUUAGAGCCUUCAUCCCUUUAAGAAAGGGAAGGCUGGCACCUCACUUGAACCAAAAGGCAUUUGGUUUUGUCAUUGAUGUUGUUUUUGUGUUGUUUUUCUUUAAUUAUUAUUUUAAACAAAUCUGUGUUCCUGAUGGCCACUGUCUUUCAAAAUCUCACUUCUUCUUAACUGAUAGUUGUCUCAAAUAUAUUUUACAUGUUCUUUGAGUCACUGCAUUUCUGACUGCAUAAAUUAAUUAUUAUCAUUUAUAAUCAAGGAGACAUUGUUGUAACUUAUGAUAUUUGCAGUUAUGGGACAAUGGACAUUUGACUGCAAUACCAAAAGGCCAGACUGCUGCACAUAGGAAGCCCCACUCCAUUAAGCUGGAGAUACACAGCAGCUUUCUUAACAUCUGAGUUAACCAGCCAGAUAAUGAAAGAUGUGUUAUCGACUGCAAAGUCAAGGAAGCUUCCACAACACAAAUCUAAUUGUCUUGUGCCUUUUGUAUACACCACAUCUAUGGUAUCAGUGUUUACAUUUAAAUGCAAAGUAUUUGUUGUUCUGAAAAUAGCAAAAAGGAACUUCGUUGUGCUUUUCAGGUAGAAUCACAGUGUAAAGAUUCCAGUUGUUUGCUGAAGAAGAGCAAGCCCAUUUAGAAUACUGGUAGCAAGACUAAGUGAUCUCUGAAAGGAAAAAUCUUAUCAUUAACUCUUCUAAAGGCAGGUAACUUUCUUUUGUUUUUCCUGGAAUUGCAACUUAAGUGAUAAGUGUUGGAGCACAAAUGUGGAUUUCUUUUUCUUGGGAGGAAAGAAGUAUUGCGUUUUCUGGGCUUUUUUUACUCUCAAAAUGUUAGCAACCUGGAAUCAUCUGAUUCUUGCCAGAAGUGCCAGAGUAUGGAUCCAUUGCUGUAGAACACUUUUUUUAAAACUAGCAUGAAGGUAGCACAUGGUUUACACGAUGCCUGCAGACAUCCCAGUAACCAAAAGUUUUCCACAGCUAUUUAUUCAGUGUUGUCUUAUCAGCUUAGUUUGUAUUAGUGUUUGUUUAAGGUGUCAAGGGGAGAGGGAAGAACAUAUAUUUUUGACACUUCAAGUUCUCUGGCUGUAUAGUCUUGUUUUUUAUGCAGUCAGGGUGAUUUGUUGUGGAGCAUGCAUUUGAAAAGAGUGAGUAAAAAGUUGAAAUUCAGCUUUAAUGUAACUUGUUCCAUAUUUUUACAUAAAGACAAAUACAGCUUUCUUUCCAGCAAAAUUCACAGUGGGAAUUGCUGUAAUGCAGGUGGCAGACCUGCCCUGGGGCAGGAAGGCAGUCAGCCUCCCUGGCAGUGUCCAGGGCUCUGCAGGGUCUCAGUAAGGCUAGGAACUGAUGUAGAGAAAGGACAGGGAUCAAGAAAUGCCCAAGUGUGUCAGCAGUCACAUUUAGAAAGCACAAUAGCCCUAAAUAAUGUUUGGUUUGGAUGUAGCCAUUGGCUGUCCCUCUAGGGGAAAAGUGAGGGACAGCAUGAGGCCAGGGAACAAACUGAUGAAGGGAGGGGAAGGGAAGAUAAGACAUGGGGGUCAUUCAGUUGUGGUCAGCAAAUCUGAGCCAGAAGGCCAUGGCUAUACCUGAUCACAGGCUCCUAUGAGCUGUGCCCCCAUGAACACCAAUGGCAGCUGGGGUGAGAGCAAGCACGUCAUGCUCCGAGUUGUAGUUUCUGAUUCAACUGUAUUUUUGGCUUUAAGUGCCCCAAAAACCUAUAUAGUAUAUAGAGAAGUGAAAAUGGUCAUCCUGACAUAUUGUCAUUGAGCACUGAUGCUAUUCCAAUGCAUGUGGGAGAAUUUGUGGACAGGUAAUAGGAGCAAGAACGCAAUGUCGUUUGUCUGCUUACACUGAUUCUCCUGUUCUUUACACUGUUAUUGCUAGGCACUUUACUGUAGUCUUUAGGUGAUUUCUGUAUUUUUUUUAAAAGACUGCUUUCUACCUACUGUACAGUUAAUCAACUUUUUUGCUAAAAAAAAAAAAAAGCCCUGAUAUUUGUCUAGAAAUAACAACCCUAUAUUUCAGGCUUCUUUGGAAGUUAGAUGAGUUUGACAGACUCAUCUAAUGGGCCUGAGUCCCUCAAGACUGUAACAGAGUUUAUUUUGUAUACAUGUAAGCAGUUAUAUGAAUCACGAGCCACCCCCACAUGCGUAACAAGCUUCCUUAAUUUGUAUGUUAGAGCAAAUCCACUACAUCUUUACACCAGAAGUAGCCCACAAAUAUUAUUUAUAUGGUGAUGUACUGGUGGUGCAAUGCUCAAAGUCUGCCCAGAGAACAAUUUUUACUGAGACUGAGCAUCUAGAUGUUGGUUGGUUCCUUCAAUUGAGCAAUUAGACAUACACAGCUGCUGCAGUGCACUAAAUUGCUGAAAAAAGACUGAAAGCUUGGCAGUUUGAACUAAUGAAGCCCUGGUACUUAUUUCCAACUAUGUGUACUUAAAAUCAUGGUCUUUAAGCAAGGCUUUAGCAUUGGUGGAAGAAGCAAGACUGUUUUAGUGCAUGGUAUUCUACAGCUGUUGUUAGUCUCACAGCUGGACUAAAUGUUUUCACCUUGAUUCAGUUGACUGGUGCAUGGGAUGUAGGGGGAAGUAAAUUUCUACAUAUAUUUAGUAUAGAACUUUGCCACUUGUUAAUGUAUUGCUCAUAUAAAUAAAAAUGCUUCAUGUUCAGCAAAUCA